AAAGCGCCCCCUUUUGUGUUCUUCCCUCUCCAUCCCUCCCUCCCUGCAUCCUCGUCCCGCCCGGCGGCCGUGCAUCCGCAACGAAGGUGGAGUCGGAGCGCGGCGACACCUGGCUGGUAAAGAUGCCCAUGGAGCUGACGCAGAGCCGGAUCCAGAAGAUUUGGCUGCCGCCUGACAAUCACCCGACGCUGCCGCGCAGAUUAUGUGGUCCGCAGCUCACCAAUUCCCCUACUGUAAUUGUGAUGGUUGGACUCCCGGCUCGUGGGAAAACCUACAUUUCCAAAAAACUCACCCGCUACCUCAACUGGAUUGGUGUGCCAACAAAAGUGUUUAACGUUGGUGAGUAUCGCCGUGAGGCUGUGAAACAUUACAGUUCUUACAACUUCUUCCGUCCUGACAAUGAGGAAGCUAUGAAAGUCCGCAAACAAUGUGCCUUAAGUGCCCUGAGAGAUGUCAAGCUCUAUCUGUCUGACGAAGGUGGUCAGAUUGCGGUUUUUGACGCCACCAAUACAACGCGCGAGAGAAGAUCAAUGAUCUUGAAUUUUGCCAAAGAAAAUGGAUACAAAGUGUUCUUCAUUGAAUCCAUCUGCAAUGACCCAACUGUGGUUGCUAGUAACAUCAUGGAAGUCAAGCUGUCCAGCCCAGAUUAUAAGGACUGCAACUCGACUGAUGCUAUGGAAGAUUUCAUGAAGAGAAUCAGCUGCUAUCAAUCCAGUUACCAGCCUCUUGAUCCAGACAGAUACGACAGAGAGUUAUCGCUUAUCAAAGUGAUUGAUGUUGGUCGAAGAUACCUGGUGAACAGGGUGCAAGAUCACAUCCAAAGUCGAAUUGUCUACUACCUGAUGAACAUCCAUGUACAGCCUCAUACCAUCUACUUGUGUCGACACGGCGAGAGCGAAUUCAACCUCAAAGGGAGGAUUGGGGGUGACUCGGGGCUCUCCAGCAGGGGCAAGAAGUUUUCCAGUGCACUGAAUAAUUUUGUCCAAGAGCAAAACCUGAAAGAUCUCAGAGUUUGGACCAGCCAUCUAAAGAGGACAAUCCAGACGGCAGAAGCUCUUGAUCUGCCCUACGAGCAGUGGAAGGCUUUGAAUGAAAUUGACGCUGGUGUGUGCGAAGAGAUGACCUAUGAUGAAAUCAAGGAAAAGUAUCCAGAAGAAUUUGCCCUACGCGACCAGGACAAGUACUAUUACCGCUACCCGUCCGGAGAGUCCUAUCAAGAUCUGGUGCAGAGGCUGGAGCCCGUGAUCAUGGAGCUCGAAAGGCAGGAAAACGUCCUUGUGAUUUGUCAUCAGGCUGUCAUGCGGUGCCUGUUGGCUUACUUCCUCGACAAAAGCGCAGAAGAAAUGCCGUAUCUGAAAUGUCCUCUCCACACAGUCCUGAAGCUGAGUCCUGUAGCUUACGGUUGCCGAGUGGAAUCCAUUUAUUUGAACGUUGAAGCUGUGAACACUCACCGGGACAGACCAGAGGAUGCAAAGAAGGGCCCUAAUGCGCUCAUGAGACGCAAUAGUGUCGUCCCUCUGGCCAGCCCCGAGCCCAUCAAAAAACCUCGCAUGAACAGGUUUGAGGAACACGCUCCUGCUUCUACUGCAGUGCCAGUCUGUACCUGCCUCCCCCCGGAAGGGCCGGUCCAGCUUCCCGGACAAGUUGGUUCUCUUCUUUCGUUGAACCUGAACUGUCCCCACACGCAAUCUUGAACGUCUUUCGGCAGAGUUGCAGGAACCGCGGGCGGAAGCCGAGUGCCGCGGCGUCACCUGUCUCCGAAACUUGCAGUCCGCGCCACGUCUCCGUUCAACUCCAGGUGUAACUUUUGUUGGUGAUCUCCCAUCACUGGUUAUCCUGCCUUCUUGGACUAAAGAAAAUGGAGCUGUGGAAAGAGGAAACACCAGGAAAGACGAGAGAGAAAGGGAGAGAGAGAUGGGGGGGGGGGGAAAGGAAGAGACUUACUUCAUCAGCAUAUAAACUCUGGAUCCGAACCUGAUUUUAAAGCAGUUUUUUUCUUCAUCUGCCCCACUUUGGGAGACUAGCAAGCACCAAAGUGCUCCUCUGCGCACCACAUGUCCUAAGUCUCGGUGGUGGUUAUUCUUUUUCCCUUAAGCAACAAGCCUGCCUUGCAGAAAAACGCUGGGCAGAUGCCAGCGUGUCUAAGAUAAAGGCUCAGGUGGGUUGUAGGUGGGCUGCAGCUAAGACACUGCCGGAGGGGAGAUAAAAUGGCUCUUGGUGAUAUCCGUGGGUUCGUUCCAUCGUGUUAGUUUCACCUCGGAUCUUCGCUGCGGGAGUCUCCCAUAAUUUUAGAAUUUUAGCUCUCGUGUUGCACCGGCCCGAGAGAGAGCUGAUAGCUUGCUCACGGGGCCGGCAGAGAAGAGGAACGGGGGCCAAAUGUUUGGAAGACCCGUUGUGAAAGGGCGUUUGUGGUUCCGCAGAGCGUACGCACAAGCCGCGCUUUGUAAGUUAGAGCCUCCCGUCUUUUCCAGGGGCGCAUCAAACGUUCCGUCCCCCCAAACCUCCCAGUCCCCGCAUGGGAGUUUUGGGUGACGUGACGUGACAUGACACUUUGCGCACCCUUACUUCUUUUCUUGGGUGGCUGGGGGACCUUCCACUCUGGCAGGACCCCAGCCCAUUUUAAAGUCCAGUGUUAGGGAUGCCCUGGUCAUCUUUUCAGCCCCGUGGGUGUGGUUCUGCCCCCUCUUGUGCCCCCCCUUUUUUGGUGUGUGGGUGUGGGAAAGUCUGUUUGGAGACCAGCGAAGACUUAACGUGCAUAUUUAUGCGCAAACGGCUAAUGGUGCAAACAGGGUGUGUUCGUGGCUACCAAGGGGUGAGCCUUCGGUCACUCGUGGAGGCCUGCAAGUCAGAGCCCACAGGGCUGUUUUUCAAGCUUCCCACUCUGUGAGUGAGCCACUGGAAAUAGUUUCCCUCUUUGACCUUCCCAUUUGAGGCUCCAAAAUGCAUCCUGUCUUGGAAAGUUUUUAUAUCAAGGAGAGGGAGAGCAGCCCAGGGCUCGCUCUCUUCCUGAUGUGGCCAAUAAAAGUUGAACGGUGAAGAGCACGUGGUGUACCCCAGUGCAUUAGAAUAGCAUGUAAGAGCAAGGUGGAUGUUGGUUUCUUUGGGUGAGUUGCUUAGGGACCCCCCUUUCUCACUGGUUGAAAUAUUAUUAACAGUGGUGGUAGUAGUAUUUUCAAUGAUCAUUUUGCUAGUUUUGAAGUUCACCAGGGCAAGUUCGCCUGCCUUCCGACCAGAACUUCUCUUGCCGAUUUUUCAGCCAUUCUUUGUUUCCCAGUUGCCCCCCAAACUGGAGUCGUCAACUGACAGCAGGCUCGAAUAAAGUGGAAAGCUAAAAAACAAAACAAAACCAUAAUUUAAAAUGGCUGGACUUAAUUAGGUCUUUGGAGACUUGAUGUCCUUCAACUGAACUGAGCUGCAACUCCCAUUGUGCAGUGGGUGUGCCUGGCCAGCUGGGAACGAGGGGAGUUGUAGUCUCGAGCUUUGGAAAGGGAAGCCGAUGCCAACGUGAUGCUACAGUGUGAGCAAAGGCCGAAAAGAUGCAGCCAGUAGCCCUGUUUUGCACGUAAACCCCCUUUACCUGAAUUGUUCUGCCAAAGGCUCUUCAGGAUCUGCAAACGUACGGGCUGCACAGCUUGUGGGCAGGAGGAAGGCAGCCAGUUGCCUUGUGUGCUAAUCUUGCAGGGCAAUAAAGGUGGUUUUAUUUCCAAAAUAAAAUAAAGGAUUGCUUGUGCAAGGCCCAGAGUGUUGACUUGCUAAUCCGAGAUGGUUUAUAUGUGUAUAGCAAUGCUACAUGUAAAUGAAAGGCUCUUUCUGCUUGUUAAGAUAAUUUGGUUUGGUUUGGUUUGGUUUUUUUAAAGGCAUUCUUUAUUUUGAAUGUUUUUGGAGCUUGUCUAUGCCCGAGCCCAUGAGAUUAAUCUUUUUUUCUUUAAAUAAUAGUUGUUGAAGGGUGAAGGACCUCAUCUCCGACCCAGCAAAUAUUUCCUUUUGAAAUUCUGCCCCCCACCCCAAACCUGGCCCUUUUUGACCCUCCCCGAAAAUCUCCCUGACAAAUUGCAUCUUGCAUCCUGAGAUAAAUGUUUUAGGCCAACCAUUUCUUGAAAAUAUUCUCCACCUGAAAGAGAUGGAGAUGGGGAAGGGGGGAAUCAUAAGGGUUUCUCCCGCCCCUCUUUGGAAUACUGAGGUCUCAGAACAAAAUGGAUUAUUCCUGCAUGGGGCUGUUUGAAAGGAAGGGGAAAGCUCAAAAGGCCGGUAUUGUGGUAUUGUUGACUGGCGGGUUUUUCUGUUUUUAGGCUGUGGUGGAUGAGAGUGGGGCAUAGCACGGAAAUCCCCGUGGAAUGGGGGAAACACCGUUUAAAACCACACCAAUGAUUCCUCCUUGGGUUGGGCUUUUUCCUUUGAUACUUGAAUUUAUAUUUUUUAUCAUUUUCAACAGCAAAAGGCUAUUUAUUUAUUUAAUUGAUCCUGCAGAACCACGGAGUCCCCCCCGCAAUCUGUGUGACAUUCAAUUGUGUGUGGAUGUGUGUAUGUCCAGAAUGAUUUUCCCCUCUUCUGUUCUCCGCCCCGUGCCCACCACCCCCGGAGGUGAAGAACAGUGCGGCUUAUAAAACAGGUCUGCCUUUUGGAAAUUUGUAUAUUUUGCCGUUGCCGGACCAAUUAAAUACCAUCUUUAACUAGAA